UGUGGAGCCUAUCCCCGUUAGCGUCUUGGCUUUCCCGGAGAUGCCACGCCUGAUGCUAUGGUCGAUUGUUGUUGGGAAGGCAUACACUUUGCAAUCCGGUGUCAAUUACUUGUAAAGCACCGGUGCUCCGUCUGCCAUUCCUGGGAACGCGUACGGCGUUAUUGCUCACAAGGCGCUGAGCCAUUUUGUAGUUCUCGUGGUUUAAAACCGAAUAGCAGUCAACAUUUUCAUGAAACCAUAUCUGUGUUCUACUUAACUCCGAGCUCCAGGCAACUUCAAACGACGGUUGCCAUGAUCUGACCCAGCAACUAGUUGGAAAUGUCCUCUCAGCUUCUACAGACGGAACUCUUGAACCUAAUUCAAGAGUCCAAGAGAAAGAAUUCUGACCUCCGCCAUGCCGCCGAAGCGUCUCUCAACGAGCUGAAGGCUUUGCCCUCCACUUCGGAGUCUCAAAUCGCUGCCGAUCUGGUACGCAAACCUAAAUUUGUCGAUCCAUUCAUCUUAGCUUGCCAUACGCGUCAUGCAAAGCUCGCGGGCAUUGGAGUUGUUUGCCUGCAAAGGCUGGUGGCAUCCCGAGCGCUACCAUCUGAGAGACUAAAAGAUGUCCUUGGUGGGUUAAAGGAAACAACGAGUCUGAGUUUGGAUAUACAACUCAAAAUUCUACAAUCUUUACCUUCUCUGCUACAGCAUUACUCAAAUGACUUAGGCGGGGAGCUUCUUGUAACCACAUUAGAGAUCUGUGCCACUCUACAAGCAAGCAAGACCCUUGCACUUUCCAGUACAGCAGCGGCUACCUUGCAACAACUAAUAGUAUCGACAUUUGAGCGAGUCCUUAUUGAAGACAGUCAGUUCUCAUAAUUUAGAUGUAGCCCUACUAUACUUUGCCGCUGACCCGGUUUCCAGAAACUCCCCAGGAGUCCCGGCCGAAGGUAACCGUCAAAAUUGAUGGAAACCCUGUAAAUAUCGGAUACUUUGCGUACGAUGCCUUACGAGUCUUGGACGAUCUUUG